AUCCUGGAGUACACGUAAAGGUUAACCACCUUCCAACAAAAUCAAUGACCUGAAGUUCACAUCUCCAUCUCCAUCGCCAUCCGCAUCCCCAGGUACCGUCCAUGAGCCAAUCGAUGAAAGAGUACUGACUGCUGAGCCGCAGCCACCGACACGCGAAACUCUUCCGCAUCGAUUCCAACCCCUAGAAUGCUUCGUUGUGCCUCCCUCGGCUCAGAAUCAUCCCGUUCCCGCUGCCAGUCCGACCCAGGUGACCGAUUCGAGCCUACGUGUCUGGUGAUCUAGCCUCCAGGGCGUUUCCUCGCGGGCGGGUGACGGCGGCGGCGGCGGAGGCGACCAUGUUCUGGAAGGACAGCAGUGGCUGGAAGGACAGCAGUGGGCGGGAGCAGAACGGUGUAGGGCCGUUCGGCCAGGUGCGCGUCCUCGUCGUCGGCGACUCAGGUGUAGGGAAAUCUUCACUGGUGCAUCUUAUUUUGAAAGGUUCUUCUAUUGCUCGACCAGCCCAAACAGUAGGAUGUGCGGUUGGCAUUAAACAUGUUACUUAUGGAAGUGCAGGGGGGUCUUCUAAUAACAUCAGCAAUGAUGCUGAAAGGAACUUCUUUGUUGAGCUUUGGGAUGUCUCAGGACAUGAACGCUACAAAGCUUGUCGUUCGAUUUUCUAUACGCAAAUUAACGGUGUCAUAUUUGUCUAUGACCUCUCCCAGAGGAAGACCAAAACAAAUUUGAAUAAAUGGGCUGUUGAGGUUGCGGAAACUGGCACCUUUUCAGCUCCACUUGGAUCUGGUGGACCAGGAGGACUUCCAGUACCUUACCUUGUAAUUGCUAAUAAAGUGGAUACUGUUCCAAGAGAUGGCACGAGAGUUAGAAGCGGAAGUAUUGUUGAUGUUGCUCGUCAAUGGAUCGAAAAGCAGGGUCUUCUUCCUUGUAGUGAAGAACUUCCUCUCACAGAGAGCUUUCCUGGGAACUCUGGUCUUGUCUCGGCUGCCAAAGAAGCAAGAUACGACAAAGAAGCUGUGAUCAAGUUUUUCCGCAUGUUGAUCAGGAGAAGAUACUUUUCGAAUGAGCCUGCCACCCCAAGUCCCUGGUCUCUUACUCCAAGGGAAGAUACCGUCCUUCCUGUAGCGACUCUCAAAGAUGAUAACUUUCAAAGGAAAAGCUACAGCGGCGAGGAAUUUACAAUCAAUGGAGUAUCACCACUGCCAGCACAGUGGAACCUCACACCGCCACCAACCCUUGAUCCACAGCUGCCAGUGUCUUCUUCAGAUAACUACAGAUAUCACAGAUUCUCCUCCCCUUCGCUUGCUGAGAUGAGCAACAAUAGAACAAGCCGUGAACAUAUUGAUGUAUAAUAUAGCGUGAAAAGGUCUAAAGGCCAUUACCUGCAACCUGAGAAGCAUAUGGCAUCUGCUGCCUUGAUGUUGGUUCCCAGCUGGUAUCCGGAACCAUCUGAUUCCUUGCCUUGCAGCAUAUGGAAGGUACUAACUUGAUCUUCUUUGUUCGCUCAAUCUCUAGCUGAUUACUAAUGAGCGAUCUUUUUAUUUGUUUUCUUUCCGAUCUGUUUAUUUAAUAGUGACUUAUUGUUGUUUCCAUUAUGGAAAAAGAAAGAAAGAAACAGGGACGAGCCUAGGACAAUGUCCUGUCCGCGGCUGCCUGUAUGUUGUAGUGUAGGACCACUUUACCUGAGUGCA